UUAUUUUUCCGGGAUAAACAUUAAAGAAAAAAUCUUGUCCGUUUCCGCAAAACAAAUAUGCUUACGGACUUUAUCCGACACCUAUUCUCCGUCUCUUGAUCAAGUAAAUACUCCGUUGCUCUAUAUAAAAUCCAAUGGCGACGGUGCCAGCAGUGGCAGCGAAUGGAGUGAAGAUGGGGAUGGCAUCACAGGCAUACCUGGAAAGCAAGGCAGUGAAGGACGCGAGGGUUUUGAUCUCGGACCUCUGCCGCCAGUUCUACACUCUUGGAUGGGUCUCUGGGACUGGUGGCAGCAUCACCAUCAAGGUCCAUGAUGAUUCCAUCCCUAAGCCCCACCAGCUCAUCGUCAUGUCCCCCUCAGGUGUUCAGAAGGAGAGAAUGGUGCCAGAGGAUAUGUAUGUGUUAUCUCCAGAUGGGUCUAUCUUGUCGCAGCCAUCUCCUAAACCAUAUCCACAUAAGCCUCCUAAAUGUUCUGAUUGUGGUCCUCUUUUCUUGAAGGCAUAUGAGAUGUGUAAUGCUGGAGCUGUUAUCCACAGUCAUGGAAUUGAGUCUUGUCUUGUAACAAUGAUUAAUCCAUUAUCAAAAGAGUUUCGAAUCACUCACAUGGAAAUGAUAAAAGGAAUCAAAGGGCAUGGUUACUAUGAUGAACUCGUGGUGCCGAUAAUAGAGAACACUGCUUAUGAAUUUGAGCUUACAGAAUCUCUUGCUAAAGCUAUUGAAGCCUACCCCAAAACAACAGCUGUUCUUGUUCGUAAUCAUGGCAUAUAUGUAUGGGGAGAUUCAUGGAUCAGUGCAAAAACUCAGGCAGAAUGUUAUCAUUAUCUUUUUGAUGCUGCUAUCAAGCUUCAUCAACUGGGGUUGGACUGGUCUACACCAAACCAUGGCCCCAUUCUGAAUGUUAAAGGAUAUUUAGGGAAUGGUGCAUCUGCAAGCAUACCUGUGAAAGCAGUGGCUGAUGAAACUCAUGGAAUUGAGCCAUUGCGACGUUGCAUUGUUCUUGACAUCGAAGGGACUACAACUCCUAUAUCCUUUGUUUCUGAUGUUCUGUUUCCAUAUGCUCGUGACAAUGUUGAGAGGCAUCUAUCAGCAACGUAUGAUACUGCAGAAACCCAAGAUGAUAUUAAAUUGUUGCACUCCCAAGUUCAGGAUGAUCUGGACAAAGGUGUUGUGGGUGCUGUGCCCAUUCCCUCUGAUAAUGCAGGGAAAGAGGAGGUGGUUGCUGCUUUGGUUGCUAAUGUGGAAGCAAUGAUAAGAGCUGAUAGGAAGAUCACUGCCUUGAAACAACUACAAGGUCAUAUAUGGCGUACGGGAUUUGAGAAUGGUGAAUUGGAGGGAGUAGUUUUUGAGGAUGUACCACACGCUUUGGAGAAAUGGCAUGCUUUAGGCAUAAAGGUGUAUAUAUACUCCAGCGGUAGCAGGUUGGCACAAAGGCUCCUAUUUGGAAAUACUGGCUACGGAGAUCUAAGAAAGUAUUUGUCUGGGUUUUUUGACACCGCAGUGGGAAAUAAAAAAGAAACACACAGUUAUGUUGAAAUCUCAGAAUCCGUUGGAGUUGAUAAGCCAUCAGAGAUUCUAUUUAUUACAGAUGUUUAUCAAGAAGCUGUAGCUGCAAAGGCGGCAGGUUUGGAGGUGAUGGUUUCCAUCCGGCCAGGAAAUGGACCCCUUCCAGAGAAUCAUGGAUUCAAAACAAUCAAAUCAUUCUCAGGAAUCUGAAAGCAGACUUGUGAUUGGUUCUGUAAUCAUAUGAAAUGUGACGAUUACCAUGAAUUAUAAGUAUAUAGUAUAUACAUAAAUUGCUCGCUCUUUUUAAAAUAAAAUAAAAUAAAUGACUGUGCUUUGCUGCUUUCC